AGAGCGGGCUACGCGGGGGCGAGAGCUACGGCUGCCGGGCUUCUCUCCAUCUGAUCGUCCGUCCGUCCGGGCCCGAGCAGGACGAUGCUGUGGUUCCAGGGCGCGAUCCCGGCCGCCAUCGCGGCGGCCAAGCGGAGCGGAGCAGUCUUCGUAGUCUUCGUGGCAGGUGAUGAUGAACAGUCUGCACAGAUGGCUGAAAGUUGGGAGGAUGAGAAGGUUACAGAAGCUUCCUCAGACAGUUUUGUGGCAAUUAAAAUUGAUACCAAAAGUGAAGCAUGUCUACAAUUCUCACAAAUCUAUCCUGUAGUAUGUGUCCCAUCCAGUUUCUUUAUAGGAGACAGUGGAAUUCCCUUGGAAGUAAUAGCAGGAAGCGUUACAGCAGAGGAACUUGUUACCAGAAUUCACAAAGUCAGACAGAUGCACACACUAAAAAGUGAAGCAUCGGUUGGAAUUGGGAACCAAUCAGCUAAUCUAGUUUCUAACCCUUGUUCUUCUUUUGAACAUAACAACACUUCAGAAAAUUCUCAAGCCAGAAAUGUAGAGCUUUGUGAAACACCAUCCACAUCUCCUGAUACACAAUCAAGCAUUUCUAUAGGUGGAGAAAAUUCGAGUCAUACCAGUCCCACUCAGGAAGCCAGUGCUUGUUCAGAUGAGAGAAUGAUGGGUCACCAGGCUGAAGAAGACCUCACAGUUAAAGUGGAGAGACUAACAAAAAAACUUGAAGAAAGACGAGAAGAGAAAAGGAAAGAGGAAGAACAGAAAGAGAUUAAGAAGGAAAUCGAUAGAAGGAAAACUGGUAAAGAAAUGCUGGACUAUAAAAGAAAACAAGAAGAAGAGCUGACAAAAAGAAUGUUAGAAGAGAGGAAUAGGGAGAAAGCAGAAGAUAAAGCUGCUAGGGAACGGAUAAAGCAGCAGAUUGCUCUGGAUCGAGCAGAAAGGGCAGCACGUUUUGCAAAGACAAAAGAAGAAGUCGAAGCUGCCAAAGCUGCGGCUUUAUUGGCCAAACAGGCUGAAAUGGAAGCAAAGAGAGAGUCUUCUUCUCGGGAAAGAAGUACUAUUGCAAGAAUUCAGUUCCGCCUUCCAGAUGGAUCUUCCUUUACGAAUCAGUUUCCUUCUGAUGCUCCUCUAGAAGAAGCAAGACAAUUUGCUGCACAGAUGGUCGGUAAUACUUACAGCAAUUUUUCUUUGGCCACCAUGUUUCCAAGGAGGGAAUUUACCAAAGAAGAUUACAAAAAGAAGUUAGCAGAACUAGAGCUGGCACCAAGUGCUUCAGUUGUGCUCUUACCAGCGGGAAGACCAGCUACCUCUGUUGUUCAGUCAUCAAGUGGAGAGUUGUGGAAGUUUUUGGGAACAGUACUUUACCCAUUCUUUGCUAUAUGGAGAUUGAUUAGCAACUUCUUAUUUACUAGUCCUCCUCCUCAGACUUCUAUGAGAUCAACAUCUUUGGAGCACACAAACCCCACAGCAUCUAACACCUCAGAAAACAGGGAAGGGGUCAGGAAAAGAGUACUAGAAAAACGUGGCGAAGACUUCAAAAAAGAAGGAAAAAUAUAUAGAUUGAGGACUCAAGAUGAUGGUGAAGACGAAAACAACACUUGGAAUGGAAAUUCUACCCAACAAAUGUAGUUUGACAAGUUACACCUGGGCAAUAAUCAUUGUUUCUCUUUUGAUUUAAUUCAACUAAAACUCUACUGGACAAGUGGGGCUACUGUAUGUUUUACUGACUGAUCUCUAUAAUGUCUCUCCUUAUACUUGCUUAGAGGGUAUGGGUUCAAAGUUGCCUAACUCAGAAAAGUCAAGAGAUAGUAUAGCUGACAAAUAAGAUUUUGCAUAUGGUAAUCAACAGCUAGCUCAAAGAAUCCAAAGGAUUCCUAAAACCUCCAUCAGCUUUCAAAUUCAGUAUUUCAUACACUUACAGGCCCAACUAUGCUGAGAAGGUGGCACUUUAUAGAUAGUUUGCCCCCCAAAUCUUGGGGCCUAUACAGUGGUAAGCCACAGAAUAAUUUGACUUUGUGUCAAAAGCAUUCUACUCUAGUUAGCCAAUCAGAUGAUAAUUUAUGUUUAACUUUUCUCUAUCGCUCUGCAACUGCAAGCCAAACCUUGUAGUUUUUAAUCUGUUAUUCAAAUGCUAAAUAAAAAUCUUUUCCAAAAAAAGUGCUUGCUAGUAUUUCUGUAUAAAAGUUUAUAGUCAUCAGGGCUUUCAAGUUUACAUGGCCUCCCUGCCUCUUUUGUCUACCAGUCAUGGUAAAGUGGAUAAACAUCUUUUUCUUAAACAUCUCUAGAGCAAGAGAUUCCUCAGUGGCUAUAGGUAACACACCUCUUUGUUACAUAUCCCUUUGCCUGCCUCAGCACAGACAGUAGUUUUUUUAAAAGUAACUUUUAAGUUUUUCCUUUUGGCUUUCUAUAAUUCAUUAAAAAAUUUACUUCAAUAGAGCAAAGAUGGUUCAUAGAGUAGUAAGUGGGCCCAGAUGCCUUAUAAAUCUUAUAGCUGGUUAAAGAUGGGUAGCAGUGUUUAGAGAAUUGUCUAGCUCCAUACAUUAUACAAUAUAUUUUUUCCUUUUUUAGUUUAAAUUAUAUUUUUGUCAUUUACCUGUCACUUUAAAUUACUAAAUACUGUUUAUAAUCUAUAAGUUCUAAUAGCUUUGCAUACCUUAUUUGUCUUUAAUCUAGAAAACACUACUCUCUACCAAGAGGGAAUUUUCUUGUGCUUUCUCCUAGAUUAGAUGCCACAAAACAUUACUUUCCUUUCCCUCACUAGAGUAAGGAAAUGAUGAAAUGAUUUCCUUUGUGACCCCAUUGCUAGCACUUACCUGGGAAAGUUGAGGGCAUAUGGAAAUACAGCCACAAUUGAGAAAUUAAAUUUCUUUUUGUUGCUUUAGACCUUAAAGGGCUCCCGAUAGCUCAAACCAACAAGCAUAUGUCUCUUUAAUGUAUCCUUUAGUUGAAUUUAGCAAGCAGAUGCCAAUAACUUAGACAAACUGGUCUGGGAAACAGGGUCAGUUAUAUGAUUGUAUGUAUUAAUUCACUGAGACAAAUAAGACGUUUGACCUCUGAGGCCCUUUCAGCUCUAAAUCUGUGAUCCUAACAUUUCUAGCUGUUUCCAUGUCCACAAUUUUGUGUAACUCCUUGGUUUCUGGGCAAACAUAAGUAAAAAUAGUUUAGAAACAAAUUAUCGAACAUCUUGUCUUUCCUUUUAAGUAUUAAUGAAAUUAUUUACACGGGUUGGUCAGUCUCUUUUAUGUCCCUCUUGUCUACUUUCUUCAAUCAUGCAUGGUCAGUCAAUGAAGAAUAACACCCAAUUCUUGGCCCAAGUUUAACAGAGAGCUUCAGUUGACUUUGUCUGUUAAACUUGGCAACUACUAUAUGCAAAAGGAAGAUUGUUUCAUUUGUUGCAACAUUAGUCAUCUCAGAUAAUAAAAAGUAUCCUAAUGCUU